AUGACUACGGCUCCAGAUGAGACUGUCAAGAAAUACCAUGAACUGAUCCACAUUAAGCAUGGAAUAGAUAAAGUUGAGUAUCAACUAAGGGUUUUGAAAAAGUGGAAUGUUCUUGAUGUUAGUAAGCAUGGUCGGAUUCACUCAGUCGAUAUGAUUUUAAUUGACAAAAAUGGUCAUAAAAUCCAAGCUUCCAUUCCUGGUCUUCUUCGUUGUAUGUUCGAUGAACUCAUAGUGGAAGGAUAUGUGUAUGUGAUGUCCAAUUUCUUUGUCCAAUACAACGAGGGUAAGACAAUGGCCAGUUACCACAAAAAUUUGUUUGUGUUUAAUGUUAACAUUGAAGUGAAACUGUCAUGGAGCUCUAAGGUUCCAAGAUUCGGAACCUCUCUAAUUGGAUCUGAGAAUGUUCUUGACCUGUCUGAGAGAUUCAAAUACUUAGUUGAUGUUAUCGGUGUUGUUACCUACAUUCGACAUGAUAAGAACUACUUUGAUGACGGUAGCGCCUCAAAGACCGUUGCUUUUAAACUCACAGAUCACAGGCUUGUAGUUUUAAGAAUUCCAUAUUAA